AUGGCUGAUUUAGACACAACAGUUUCAGUGGUACAAGCCACUCCCAAGAUGCCAGCACUGCUUAGGCCCAAUACAGAGAGAAAAAUCCAUGAAGAUAAAGGGAAAACUGAGGACUCAUGCACUUCUGCAAAUGAACAUAGAGGUAGGUUGGGGGAGACACUGAUGGGUUUUAAAAAGGAAGGAAGGAUCCCAGAGCAGGGGGCUCUUAAUAGUGGGGAAGAUGAAACCACUUGUGACUUCUGCCUUGAGGAGAAAGUGAAAGCAGUGAAGUUUUGUUUUACUUGUAUGGUGAAUUAUUGUGAGGAUCAUGUUCGGCCCCAUCAAGAGAACAGCAAGUUCUACAGUCACCAGCUGACUAAGCCAGUAAGGGAUACAGAGCUGUAUACCUGCUCAGCCCACCAGGGCCAACUUGCUUGGUUUUGUUUCCUGGAGCAGCAAUGCAUCUGUGAAGAAUGUACCCAGAAAGACCACCGGGGUCACCCUACUCUCUCUCUAAAGGCAGUGAGGAGGGAAAAGCAGGAAUACUGUAAAUUUAAGAAAACUAUUGAGCAUAAUCCUUUCCCCAAUGUUUACAUUGGAUUAAAGGAAAAACUCACUGGCAUACAAAAGGUGAUCAUGGACUGCACAGAACAUUUACUUCAAUUUCUGCAGAACUACAAGGGAAAGUUAGAGGAGUUUGUCAAGGAAGAGGAAUAUAAGAUCAAUACACAAGUGUCUGCAGUCAUGCUACACAAUUACUGGACUUCAAUACCUGAACCUAGGAACAGGGAUGAUUUCCUCAAAUAUGCAUACCCCAUCACAUUUGAUCCUGAUACAGCUCAUAGGUAUCUCCAGCUCCAAGAAGACAACCACAAGGUUACAAAUACUACUCCCUGGGAACAUCCAUACCCAGAUCAUCCUAGCAGAUUUGAGCAUUGGUGACAAGUGAUGUCCAAGCAGAGUCUGUACUUAAACCAAUAUUAUUUUGAGCUGGAGAUUAAGGGAGCAGGUGUUUAUAUUGGUGUGACUAAUAGUAUAGAUCGGAAGGGAUCAGAGAGCAAUAGCCGUAUCUCAGGGAAUAACUUUUCUUGGAGUAUUCACUGGAAUGGAAAGGAGUUUAGUGCCUGGCACAAUGACUCUGAGACUCCAUUGAGGGGUGGUCAGUUCCAGAGGCUUGGGAUCUACCUGAAUUAUGUAGAGAGUACUCUCUCCUUCUAUGGUAUUGAGUUUGACACCAUGGUUCUGAUUCAUAAGUUUAAUUGUGACUUUGCUGAGCCAGUCUACCCUGCAUUCUGGCUUUCAAAGAAGGAAAAUUCAAUCCAAAUAAUAGAACUGAGUGAAAAAGUAUAG